UAUUAUUUUGACAAUGGAUAAGAAAUUCAUCAACAUUGAACCUUGUCCCUUCCUUCACAAAUUCAUUCCACUAAUCACAAAAAUGGCAACCUCCCUUCUUCUACCACUCACAACUUCAAAGCUCUCACCUUUUCGUUCUUUGAGAGCCUCAGCUUCUGUCUCAGUUCAUGAAACUCACUUUCAACACACACCCAGAAGAGAUUUCUUAAAGGGUAUUGCUUUGCAGACUCUUUCACUUCCACUUCUUGUUCUCACAAACCCACUUCAUUCUCAAGCUAGAGAAAUUGAAGUUGGCUCCUUUCUUCCACCUUCUUCAUCAGACCCUUCUUUUGUUCUCUUCAAAGCUUCUUCUAAGGACACUCCUGCCCUUCGUGCAGGAAAUGUGCAGCCAUACCAAUUUCUCCUUCCCCCAACAUGGAAACAAGCUCGUGUAGCUAACAUUCUAUCAGGAAAUUACUGUCAACCAAAAUGUGCAGAGCCAUGGGUGGAGGUUAAAUUUGAAGAUGAAAAACAAGGAAAAAUUCAGGUAGUUGCUUCGCCUUUGAUACGCCUUACCAACAAACCAAAUGCAACAAUUGAGGACAUCGGGAGCCCGGAAAAGGUGAUCGCUUCUCUUGGCCCAUUUGUCACCGGAAACACUUUAGAUCCAGAUGAGCUCCUUGAGACUUCGAUUGAAAAGCUUGAUGAUCAAACGUACUACAAAUAUGUGCUUGAAACUCCAUAUGCUCUAACUGGUUCACACAAUCUUGCAAAAGCAACAGCAAAGGGAAAUACUGUUGUUUUGUUUGUGGUUAGUGCCAAUGACAAGCAGUGGCAAACUUCUGAGAAGACUCUAAAGUCCAUGCUUGAUUCCUUUAAAGUGUAGUUUUCUGUUUAAGGACUCUUGGGCCUUAUGAUAUAAAUGACCUCACAAUAACAAUAAAAUUAGUAGGCCCAUUACUUGAUAAAGUUACACAGAGAAAAGGAGCAGUGGGGUAGAGAGGUAUGGGAUAGUGGAUAUUCAUUGAGAAUUAUUGUUAGUGUUGUUAGGAGAGUUUUCUCUCUGGUUUAGGAGCAUUCUGCUCUGGUAAGGAGUUUCUAGAAACUCUGGUAGUUAAUCUCUUUAUACAACUUUCAACAUUGUAGAGUUUGAGCUCAUCAGUUUCAAUGUAAUAAAUUCUAGUUUAAUUACAAUAAA